UUAUCUUCUUAUUGCGUUAAUAAAUUAACGCAUUAAUUAACACGCUAAUUUUUCUUAGCAUUUCGUUUCAGCGUGUUUAUGUAUUUUAGUUGUUUUGAACAACUCUAAUGUCAACAAUGUCAAUUCGGUGUUUUUGACAGCAUGGCAGCGACAAUUUACGAUUCAGAAAUUACAAAAAGUGAUAAAUAUUCAAUAUUACUCCCAACUUAUAAUGAGAGAGAAAAUCUACCAAUAAUAAUAUGGCUUAUAAUGAAAUAUUUAGAUAACAGUGGAUAUGAUUUUGAGGUGAUCAUAAUUGACGAUGGAAGUCCAGACGGCACCUUAGAUGUAGCCAAGCAACUUCAAAAUAUUUAUGGUUCAUCGAAAAUUCUACUGCGUCCUAGGGAAAAAAAAUUAGGACUGGGUACAGCUUACGUACAUGGAAUGAAGCAUGCGACGGGAAAUUUCAUUAUUAUUAUGGAUUCUGAUUUGAGCCAUCAUCCAAAAUUCAUUCCACAAUUCAUAGAGCUGCAACAAGAGCAAGACUAUGAUCUGGUCUCUGGCACUAGGUACAAAGAUGGAGGUGGUGUAUAUGGGUGGGAUUUUAAAAGGAAACUUAUCUCACGUGGUGCCAACUUCAUCACACAACUGCUACUUAGACCAGGAGCUUCUGAUUUAACUGGCUCAUUUAGGUUGUACAAAAAGGAUGUUUUACAGAAGUUGAUAGACAGUUGUGUGUCCAAAGGUUAUGUCUUCCAAAUGGAAAUGAUUAUAAGAGCAAGACAGUUCGAAUUUACAAUAGGAGAGGUUCCAAUAACUUUUGUAGAUAGAGUUUACGGGGAAUCUAAGCUUGGUGGUUCAGAAAUUGUCCAGUUUGCGAAGGCACUACUAUAUUUGUUUGCUACUACGUAAAAUUAAAUACAUUCCAUACUCAAGACGUGUCAGCUGGGAUUAUCUAUUUAUAAUUAUGAAGAGAUUGUUUUUUAUUUUAUUUAUGAAGAAUAAAUGUUUAUUGUAAAUUGG